GGUUACUUCCCCGUUUCCUGGCUGCAGCGCUCAUUCAGGAAAGAUGGCAGGAGCGAGAGCGGCGAUAGUCUGCGGAGCUCUCACAGCGGCUCUCCUCAGCCCGGUGGUGUUGGCCUUCGUCGAGGAUCUAGAUGACAAGUUUAAAGACAACAGAAUGGAUGACGUCUGGCUGGUAGAUUUCUACGCGCCGUGGUGUGGAUACUGCAAGAAGCUGGAGCCCAUCUGGUACGAGGUGGGAGCGGAGCUAAAGAACUCCGGGUCACCGGUCAGAGUGGGCAAGAUGGAUGCCACAGCAUACUCCGGUGUGGCCUCAGAGUUCGGCGUGCGAGGAUACCCCACGAUCAAGCUACUAAAGGGGGAAUUAGCCUAUAACUACAAGGGCCCCAGGACCAAAGAUGACAUCAUCGAGUUCGCCAACAGAGUGGCUGGGCCCGCGGUGCGCUCCCUCCCCAGCAGACAGAUGUUUGAGCAUGUCCAGAAGAGGCACGACGUGCUGUUUGUGUACGUGGGGGGAGAGUCUCUGCUCAAGGAGAAGUACAUAGACGUGGCCUCCGAGCUCAUUGUUUACACCUACUUCUUCUCCGCUUCCGAAGACGUCCUACCAGAGCCUCUGACUUUGCCUGAAUUGCCCUCAGUCGUUGUCUUCAAGGACGGAACCUACUUCACUUAUGAUGAGUAUGAAGACGGCAGUUUAUCUUCAUGGGUGAACAGGGAACGUUUCCAGGGUUACCUGCAGAUCGAUGGCUUCACGCUCUACGAGCUGGGCGAGACCGGUAAAUUGGUGGCAAUUGCAGUCAUCGACGAUAAGGAUCCAACAGAGGAAAGCGCGAGGUUAAAGAGUCUCAUACAGAAAGUCUCCAGCGAGUACAGGGACGACUUCAACAGGGAUUUCCAGUUUGGCCACAUGAACGGCAGUGACUACAUCAACAGCCUCAUCAUGGGCGAGGUGUCUGUGCCGUCUAUUAUCAUUCUCAACACGUCCAACGAGCAGUACUUCCUGCCCAGUGAGCCGGUGGAGAGUCUGGAGCAGCUGAUCCUCUUCAUCAGGAGCGUCCUGGAUGGCACGGCUCAGGCCUACGGAGGGGACGGAGUAUUCCAGAGGAUCAAGCGCGUGGCCUACGACGCCAGAUCGACCGUCAUGUCUGUGUUCCGCAGUUCUCCGCUGCUGGGCUGCUUCCUCUUCGGCCUGCCGUUAGGAGUCAUCAGCCUGAUGUGCUACGGGAUCUGCAUGGCCGAGUCUGACGACGGCGCGGAAGACAUGGAGAUGAUGAAGAGAGAGGGGCUGACGGACGAGGAGGAGGAAGAGGAGGAAGAAGAGGAGCGGCGCCAUCAGACCGCCAAGCUUGAGCGACCCGGAGAGGAGGACGAGGAGGAGGAGGAGGAGGGGGAUGAGGAGGUGGAAGAAAAGAGCCCAGUGGAGAAAAAGCUGGAUUAAUGCAGGGGAGGUGUGUGGGUGAAUGUGAGCGAAUGGGAGGAUGAUAACAGCGACCGAGACCUUAAACACAUAUCCGGGUUGAUGAUGAUGAUGAUGAUGAUGAUGAUGAUCUUUUCCUGCUCUCCAGUUUUACUGCUGCGGAGUUGAGCGGGUCUGUUUGACUCGUUUCUCUGUUUGAGUGGUUCUUUCUCUUUUGUUUUUGUUUUUUUUUCUAUUUAUGGGAAUUAGGAUGUGUAAUAUCUUUAAAAAAAGGUCUUUAAAAAUGAUCCUGAGCUGCUGCUCAGUUUAAGGGGUUUACUCGAAGGGAUGUGGGUGGAUGGAUGGGGUGGGAGGGGAAAUCAAGCCAAAUAUUUGGAUGAAGUGACUUUAAAUCUUAAGGGCCAUUUAUAGCAGUAAGACCCGUUGUAGUUCACCCUCCCAGUACACUGUGCACCUUUCUCCUGUCUUCUUUAGUGCUCUUUGAAAUGGAAUCCCUCCUCGUGGGUAAUAGCUUUUAGGCUUUCGGAAUUAAUCAGAUUUUUGUUGCCAAGUUUAUCUGGAUUUAGUUUUUCCUGUUGGAAUAUAAAAUACAUUGGUGUAUUGUGGCAGCCUCUUUGGUGCACUGGCAGCCUCUGACACCGCCUGUAUUUUUCCAUGCCGAACCCCACCCACGUCUUUUAAAUCAGCCACUCGCGACUGCUGUAAUCAGAUGGAGAACCACUUGAACCUCACAUUCAAGCUUCAGUCCACGGCUGAAUAGCUUCAGUCUCCAGCCAGUGGUUCAGCCUGGACUCCAGGCACCGCCUCACAUAAGCCAGUCGUCCCAUUUAACCCUUUCAGGAGAACGGAACUGGAAAUCUGGAGCCGGAUUCACAGAAAACUUGCAAAACUUCUUAAGACAAAUUUUACAAAUGUUCUUUAAUGCAAUUCUCAAAAAACCUCAUGAAGGUCUCCAAUAUUGUCUUAAGGUAAUCUGUUAUUUUCUUGUGUAUGCUCUGCUGCAUUUUACAGCUUACCGUCAACAUGAGCUGCAUUUGUUCUAACCGUCUUUGCUGGGAAAGGACCUUAAAAACUAUUAGGAUUGAAACCUAAUGGCUUUGCUUUCUGAUGGGAAUCGGCUCAGUGGUUUCCAACAGGCAAGGCCGGUUUAUUUGUGCAGCACCUUUCAUGAACUGCUGUGGUUCAGAGGGUUUUACAGAUCAGAAAAUAGAAAAA